AUGUACGCGAAAGUGAUCCAAGAUAAUGGCUGGUUUGGCAUGUCGAUCGCCGCUCUUCAUCCAACUUUGUUAAAAAUUUGCGCUCCACGUACGGAAGUUAAUUUAUUUAAGCCUUUCACCAAUCAAUACAUUUCGACAAUGCAAGGAAUGUGCUAUUUUUAUUAUAGCUAUAACAAUACUUCAUUCUUACAAAUAGAAACUGAAAGUUUAACUAAAUACAAUUUUAGUUCGCAUCAUUGGUAUCAUCCUAUGCAUGGCUUUUCGCAAAAUGUUGCGCGUCCAAUUCAAUCGAAUAUCAAAUUUAAUGAUAUAGAAAAAAGUGAAUCAGUUAUAAGAUCUCUGCUUAACAACACUUCAACAAUUGUUGGAAACCCGAGUGGUUCAAUCAACAUCAUCCAAGCAAACAAUCGGAAAACUUUGGUUAUAUCCAACUAUAUCCAUGAACAGGCGGAAUUUGGGUAUUCCGUGACGUCCGGCCGGUUCUUCAGCAAGCAAGAAAUUUUAUUCGCAAGCGGAGCCCCCGUUUGGAAAUUAUUUGGCAAGGUCGCAAUAAUCAACAGCAGUACAGACGAGCCGACAGUCCUGAAAUAUCUUUACGGUAACCAAUUGGGCGAAUACUUUGGCGCAAGCUUGACUACCGGUGAUCUGAACAAUGAUGGAUUUGACGAUCUUAUUGUCGGCGCUCCGCAUUUCGGCGAUGACGUUGGCAAAGUUUACAUUUAUUUAGGCACCCAGGAUGGAUUCAUAGAUGAUAAUCCUACGAUUGAAGGCUCCGUUACCGAAGCGCAAUUCGGAUAUUCUUUGUCUUCUGGUGACUUAGAUGGAGAUGGGUUUGACGAUUUGAUUAUUGGAGCUCCAUGGGAACAAGCUGGAGUAAUAUAUAUUUAUAACGGAUUUUCCAUUCUCGGCGAGGUAAAUAAUUUACAAGUGUCACAGAGAAUUGCAGCUAUCGGCAUUUCGACGAUUCUUCGUGGAUUCGGAUUUUCCGUUUCCAAUUUAGUUGACAUGGAUGGAAAUGGGUUCGUAGAUGUGGGUGUUGGAGCUUACAAAUCUGGACACGCUGUGAUACUUCGCGCGAUACCGGUCGAAAAAUGUCAAAUUAACUUGAAAGUUCAGCCCACAGCCAUCAAAAUUGGUGUCACCACGAGAGUUUCACCGGAAUUUUGCAUGGGAAAUUACAAAAAUACCAAUCCGCAAGUAGUUAAAAAUUAUACGGUAAAGCUUGUAGUAGAUUCGAAGCACAAAAGAUUCAUGUACGAUUAUAUUGUCUGGCACGUACCGAUCUCGGAGAAAAAUCAAGUUUUUUAUUACCGUUAUUCGCGACAAAGUAAGAUGACAAGAGUCGCUAAUACUAACUGGAAUGGGUGUACCACUUCGCACUUUUCAAUGAAACCAGAAAUACAUAACAUGGCUGAUCCUGUAGACAUCGUUCUUACGUACGAAUUCAACACUUAUCAAAUAGAUGCAACUAAAAGUCAUUCCAAUGACAGUUUUUGCAAGUUUUGUCCAAUGGAAUAUAAAGGACGCGAAUUGAAAACUAUCAAAUUGUUAGUUCCUUUUGAAACUUAUUGUGGAAAAGGUAAAAUUUGCAAUUCUGACAUUUCUGUUACAACGACGAUGUUCGGUGUCGUAGGAGAAAACAACACUUUGGAAAUCGGAUCAGGCGAUUUGAGCGUUGAAGCGAAAUUUCAAAAUCACGGCGAACCCGCUUAUCAAGUUGUUGCCGUCUUUUUCAUUCCAAAGAGUAUUCACUUGCGAAGUAUUUUAGCCUCCUGCCAAGAAUCAAUCGUAGAAGACCUACUGGUCGUCACCUGCAACGUAGCAAAUCCGUUCAAUAAACAAACGCAGAAAACAAUCAGAUUAGAUUUGGAUAUGCGACACUUUGAAACUCAUAAUUUAACCGGCAUAGAGUCAUGUACACUGUAUAUAAAUAUGACCAUUAAAAGUAUUACCAAUAACGUAGGCGUGAAAAAAAUUUCGAUGCCAAUAACGUUCAAGAGCAAUAUUUCCACUUCUAUAUCAGGUAAAACUGCCGAGGAUAGUUAUUAUUUAACCGAGCACCGAGACAGUAACAAUAUGUCCUUUCAACAUAUUUAUGAUAUUUUUAAAAAUGGACCUACUCCAAUAAAUGAUGGGAAAAUAAUUAUUGACGUUCCAACAAGUAUUAGCCACGGGGAGCCGUUUAUUUUUAUAAAAAUGCCACAGCUUCAAAUCCUUGGAUCAUUGUAUAAUUGUAUCAUGAACGGUAUACCAAUGAAAUCGUCUAUGAACUUGACAUUAGAUAGUCUCAAAGAUAGCCAUUAUCAAUUCAAAAAUAUUUAUAAAAUAGAAAAAAGAAAUACACCGUUGACACAUCUGGAGACAGAAAAAUUUAUAAAGACAGUAGAAUCCAAUGAAAAAAAUUCAAGUGAUAUUGUUUUAAUUGAUUGCUUCAAUGACAAAGUGCAGUGUGGAACUGUAACUUGCGAUCUGACAGCUUUAAAAGCGCUUCAAGGUGCUACAAUAGUUUUGUCUUUCACAUUGAAUAUGAAAUCUUUGCAGAAGCUUUUGCCUAUUGGGUCAAUUCUUCAGUAUAGCACGAGAGCGCGGGCGCAGAUAUUAAAACCGUUGAAAGAUGAAUCGAAAAUACUUAAACUAACAACGAAGUUUUAUAAUGUGAGAAAUAAGAAAAGAUCAGUCGAUGUAUGGAUAAUAGUGAUCUCGGUGAUCGUUGGUUUAGUUAUUUUAUCAAUUAUUACAGCAAUAUUACACCAAGUGGGAUUUUUUCGAAAAAAACAAAAUUCAAACUCUAAUAUUCUCAACAUUAAUGAACGAGAGCACGACCAGCAAUACUUUCUAGGAUUCCAGGAACAAGAUGAAUCGUUAGAAAAUGAUAGUUUUUCAUUGAAUUCGGGAUGA